UGUAGAGUCAGUUGUUACGGCAGCGGCAGUCCGUUUUGUUUGGUCGUUAGAUUUUUGUUUCGUUUUGAUUAUUUCGCACAUUUGUUUAUAAACCUGCCCCAGCCAGUGCCUGCGCGUAGAACAAGUUUUCUUUAGAACAUAAACACACAGCUGCGUGAAGCAAAAUGGAUGCACUUAGUGACUUAUUGGCACCGCACAGUGAAACCAUCGGUAAAAUAGCCGGCACAAUAACUACACUACAGUUUCUAUCCGGCAUAGCGCUUUUAAAUGAUAUACGGAAAAAGGGCAGCAGCGAUAUUUAUCCCAUUGGACCAUUUCUAGGCGGUAUAGUGCUAACCGUGUUAAGCUUAAAACUGGGUCAGAUUAUGGGCGAUCAGCCCAUGAUCAAUGUGAAUGUCAUCGGCUUUGCGAUCAACUCGAUAUUCCUGGUUGGCUUUUAUUACUAUGCCUCGAGCGAGAGUAAAUCCAAGAUCUGGAUCAAGAUUGGUUAUGCCGCACUGUUCCUGAUGGCCUGCAUAGCCUAUGCCAACUUCGAGGAUCCCAAGCAAAUUGAGUUCCGUCUGGGCAUGUUGAUCACAUCGAUACUCGUCUGGCUAGUUGGCUCGCCGCUGCUCAACUUGCCCGACAUCAUCAAGAAGAAGAGCACGGAGGGCAUGCCCUUUCCCAUCAUCUUUGCCGGACAGCUGGUUGCUACUGCCUGGACCUUGUAUGCAGUGUCCAUACGCAAUCAUGUCAUGGUGUAUCAGAAUUUGUUCCUGUGGGUCUUGGGUGGCAUCCAGCUGGUCAUGUUUGUGAUAUAUCCCAGCACACCUGCCAAGAAGCCCGCUGCCAAGUCCGAGAAGAAAAAGGAGAAAUAAAUAACUCAACUACAAGUACCUAAAUGAAAUGAAUUAAGAAAGGCAUGGAAAUCAAUUGGCGUCCCUAACAUCAUCUAGAACUUUCGACUUAUCUAAUUAAUCCAGUUUCGAACUCAAACGCUUCUAGUACAAUUUUGACUAAGCAAUAAUCAAGCAGGGUUCCAUAUAAUAAUAAUAAUUAGCUAAGCUU